AUGGCCUCGAACGGCCCCUACUACCAGCCUGGCCAGGCGCAUGACCAACCAGUAUCCGACGAGAUGCGCCUUGCUCAAGGCAUCCUGGACUACACCACCUCGGCUCCUCAAGCAUCCAUGUAUCCUGAACCCAACUCGGAAUAUCACCAUGCUCAGCAGCUGGCCUCGGAUCAGGACGUCGAGGAUCAUGCUCAGCUACAAGGUCUCGUCGAGGCUGCCACCAGCGCUGCUGCCCAAGAACAAAUUCGCCAACGCAAUCAACAGCUCCAGUUUGCUCACUCGGACCAAGACCUAGCUUCUCUGCUGCGCGAUCCAUCUGCUCGAUUGUCAACCUCAAAGCGCAAGCGUACCCAUUCUCUCCACAACGACGAUCCGGCUUCUGCGAGCGACUCUUCCAAGCGUCAACGACACUCGGAAGACAUCCGUCCCCACUCUCCCCACCUCGAUGCUCGAGCUGCUGGCGUCCACUCCGCCGCCGCUCUGUUCCGUCCCGCUUCCGACUCAUCCAAGAAGUACACUCGACCUCCCAUGUCCAAACUUUUCACAUCCCUCGAGCUGUCUCCGGAGAACUUCCUAUACCUUCAGGCUGCCGCCAAGCAAUAUAUGCUCAACUCCGACUAUCCCGAUCGACAGGCAUGUGUAGGCAACAGAGGCAGAGGCGACAACGAGAUGGUCAAGGCUAGAAUGUACCAGUGCGUGCGUGAGUUCCUCGAGGCCGAGGGUUGGGGAGAAAAAUACUUCGGCGAGAAUGCUCCACCACCAAACGAUGGAGAAGUCAACGCAGCACCUCAGCCACGCCGCUACAUCUGGCCGCGUGACAGGGACCGAAUCAUCGCUCUUUGCACCCCACUGCUGCGUCGCAUGGUCACCAACGAGCGCCAGAGACAGUACGCCAUAGAGACCCGCAAGGGCGGCAAGCCCGAAAAGAACUCCCAGGACCCCACCGAUCCUCAGAUUCAGCAUGCAGCUCCGGAGCAGGACGUCGUCUCCAACCCCGCUCACGACAGCCACUCAGAACCGUACGACUCGCGUCUGGACACUACUCCGGCAUACCACCUCUAUCUCAUCGCUCCCGAGUCUGGUCAACUAGUGCGAGACCGCAUCUCUUUCACCAUGGAGGAAGAAUUCAGCUGGCAGUGGCUGGUUGACACACUGGUUAGCAACUGGUGUAGUGCCUUACAGAUUGUCCACCCUCCGCCCGAUAUUGCAGCCAGCAUACUCGAGCGCUUCACCAUCAAAGUACUCACUUCAUCUGGUUUGACGACCGUUUCUGGCGAGGGUGAAUGGCAGUUGGCCGUUCAGGACAUCCAUCAGACCAUCUGGCUGGAUAACAUUGUCAAAGUUGUGGCAGAGGGCCCUGCUACACCCUGA